AUGAAGUGUUUAAUAAGAUUCACACAAACGCACGAGACGUUUCGUCUUGCCGAGAUCCAGGCUUUAGCAGAGCUCGAGAAUAUUCCUUUACAGGUUGAAUACUAUGUUUCGAAUUCACCUUUUUGUUUCGCAGACGUCCCGUCUGCAGAGGCCGCUGCUCGAUUGGUUAAGAGAAGCAUUCUUUCGAAAGCCAUCUACGAAGUUUGGGGCACGGGUUCUACGUAUGAAAUUCUUCAUGAUGAUGUAAAGACUUCUACCAAAGAUCUAUGGUCGCUUUACAAAACCUGCUCUUUCAAAUUCACCGUGGAUUGUUUUCAGAAUACAAGACCUACCACCGAACAGCGAGCACUCAUUAAUGAAUUCCGAUAUUUGGAAUUCGAGGGUCCCAUCAAAAUGAAAGGAGCAGAUGAAGAAUUUUGUAUCUUGGAAGAAUGGCAACUUGACGCUGCUGCCAAUGGUAUCACGACACCUUCGCAAGUAACCUUUGGUCGAUUUCUCGGCGCUAGCGAAAGAGAUAUCGUAGGAAAAUACGAUCUCAAAAAGAGGAAGUAUAUCAGUACCACUUCUAUGGAUUCCGAGCUCGCGUUGGUCACCGCCAACAUCACACUAGCAGCCCCGGCAAAAUUAUUCUACGAUCCAUUUGUUGGAACAGGUAGUUUCCCGGUUGCAUGUGCACAUUUCGGUGCUCUUGCUUUUGGAAGCGAUAUCGAUGGGCGAAGUAUCCGAGGCAAGGAAACGCGAAACUUACAUUCGAAUUUUGUACAAUACGGUCUCACGAAUCAGUUUGGAGACACGUUCGUGGCCGAUCUCACAAAUACUCCAUUAAGAUGCGCGAGACUGUUCGAUGGGAUAUUAUGUGAUCCUCCCUAUGGUGUAAGAGAAGGUUUAAAAGUACUCGGAAAUAGGGACCCGACUAAACCUAAAGUCCCUAUUAUGUUAGAAGGCGAAACACAACCUCAUCACCUACAAGAUGCCUACAUCCCACCCAAAAAGCCAUACUCCUUCCUAGCCAUGCUAGACGAUAUUCUUGAUUUCGCAGCCAUCUCUCUCGUAGAUAACGGUCGUCUAUCCUUCUGGAUGCCAACUGCAAAUGAUGAAGAUCAAGAAAUCAAAAUCCCAACACACCCUUGUUUACAGAUUACAAGUGUUUGCACACAAGCUUUUAACAAAUGGUCAAGAAGACUUAUUACAUAUAAGAGAAUACCGGAUUCCAUGGUAGAUCCCGAACAAAUCCGUGAGAGGACAGCUAAUGGGACGGGUGUUACUGCUGAUGAACUGAAUCCGUUUAGAAAGGGAUAUUUCCAGGGAUUCAAAUCAGCGUUCAGAGAUACGCCGAAAUAA